UGUUAAAUAGAGCUUCAUUUUCGCUAAUUUUGCCACCAUGAGCAGUAUGGAUUUCCUAAGUCUACCUGUUGUGGCGUUAGAGAACAUCUUUUCAUAUUUAUCUUCCGAUGAAAUAGCGAAGAAUAGAUUGGUAUCCAGAGCCUUUAAUGAGAUAUGCAGCCGCAUGCUGAACCGCGGGUUCAUCAUGAUCGAGCGUCGCCACGCCAUGGCGUUGAAGAGUGUCAAGGCGCAACUGCCUCGUCGUGAAUCGGAACGGCGCUACCAUCCCCUGGCACGCCACUGCGAUAUCUUGACGUCGAUUGAGACGCGCAUCUCGAUGCUCAAUAUGACAUAUUCCAAGUUCAUUGACAGCGGCAUGUGUUGCUUUAUUCCUGGAAAGGUGAUAGACGAAAUAAAGAGAGUACUAACUCUUGUGGAAACGUCGAAAACCCCGCCACGUGCUCACGAAGUCCUUCAAGAACUCCGGGACAUAUCAUCAAUGGCCAUUGAACAUUUCGACGAUAAGAUCGCACCGGCCUUCAGGAAGCGGUUGCAUGAAAGUGUUGCGCCUGCGCCACGCCCGCCCGUGACCAUAGCACCUCUGCAGAUACGCCAUGAGAUGAUACACCUUCGUCGUCGAUCUUUAUUAAACGCCAAGCUCUCUUUAUACCUGGCCUCGCAGUACAAGAAGUUUUAUAAGAAGAUGUUGGAGUACAAGAAGGUAGCAUUGCGUCAACGCAAGAUGCUUCGAGAGUUUACAAAACAUCAGAGGGAACAGGAUGCAACAAUAGGGGACUUGAAGAAGCGUAUAGAAGAGUGCGACAUAAAGUACAGUGAAUUGACGCACACCAAUCAAGCAGUGGGCGGGAAGGCCAUCACUGCUCCGACGGGCGCAGAAGUGGACGCAGCCCCGCCGGCCGCGCAGCCUUUACGUCAUUUUGGGAGUCAGAUCAAGCUGGACCUGUCGGUUUUGCCCAUUGGCACUAAUAAACGCCACCAGAACAAACUGUUGCCAAACAUUAAACCGCGCAAGCCAAUGAUCAAACUGCCAAGUCUCUCCGAGGACGACUCGGAGCCUCCAGCCAAGAUGCCAAAACUCGAUGAACCGACUCCUUCGACAAGCACCCAGAUACUGAAGGCCAAAAGCGCGUCAACCAUGGCCAAGAUUCGCGGAAUCACGAACGAGAUACGCCAUCUGUCAAAUCUGACAAAAAACAUGAAAGCAGAUGCUAAAAUGAAAAGACCAGUCAGCUUAUGCAUAGCAGAUGCUUUGGAUGUAAUGGAAACCCCGAGCAAGAAACUGAAAUUGGAUUAAAAAGAGAGAUUGAUAUGAAAAUGGGAUAUGUAGGGGUAAAACAACGCUAGCACUACAGGACAAAUGCGUAACUGUCAAAAUUCGGCCAAUCAGGGAGGCCCACCAAUCAUCAUCCGUAAUUGCUCGUGCUGUGCGCGAAUCGAGCUCUUAUGUUUGGUCAAGCGGGUUUCCCUUCCUGCGCCCCGCAAAUCGAUGGGUGAUGAUUGGUUACAUUUUAUAGCGAUCUAGCUAUAGCUACAUCGACAUUUAUAAUUCUGAUGACAUUUACUGUUACGAGUAAUAUAAGCCCCAAAAAAAAUCAAGUUAAUUUUAUCAAUUAUAGUGACAAUCAUCGCCAAAAUUACCUAUUAUAUCUAUAAUAUGCAAUUUAACGCUAUGGAUUGGUAAUAUAUUUGUCAAUAUGAUUUUUUAUAUAUAAAAAUUCGCGUUUAAAACGUAGUAUAUUGCUUCUAGCAGAUUGAACCAACAGUUUAACAAAAUUUUUAUAUUAUCUUUUAAAACAUAGUCUCAUGUGUUGUUUGAAAAUAAACUCCGGACCGUUAAUAUUAAUUUAUUGGUUCCGUUACUAUAUUGGCUCCGAUUUACUAAAUAGAUAUAGCACAAUAUUCAAGUAAUAAAAGAUAAGUUUAAAGAAAAUAACAUUCUUAAUUUCCAAUGAGAACUGAUACAAAAUUCACGUCAAAAAAUUGUUCAAAGUGACAGUAGUUGUCAGUUUGUUAUCUCCAAUUAAAAAUUCUGUUAAAAGUUCGGUAUUCUACAAAUUCUCCUGUAGUUUUUCUUUCAACACAAAUGUGUAAAAGGGCCAUCUAGAUGGACAUACUUUAUCGCAAGCAAUAAUCGCCAUAAGAUUGUCGUAUUGUAAUGUUUAUUGACAUACAAGAACUAAAAUCUCGCCUACGUUUCUUACAAGAUCUGCAAGUAAGGGCGCGUUCCUAUUAUGUCG